UGCUGUUACUGUGAAAAUAAACUCACAUCAGACAACUCUCCUAAAAUAAUCUAGUCAUAUAGAAUAUCAUUUCGUAAUUAUAAUGGUUUAUUUUUUCUCUUCUCUGUUGGUUAUUUUAUUUACCGCUCUAUGCUAUGUGUGAUCCUCUGUCCUUUCCUUAGCUGGCAAUCUGGGUUCCAAAAAUCUGUCACCAUUCCAAAGCGAUGCGUCUUCGUAUGGCGAGCAGAGAGCGGAGAGAGAUAUUUAGAGCGAGACAUAUUUAUUUCACCACUGCCGAAGAGAAUACCGCAGCUAUUAAUAAAUAAAUAACGACGUAGUAAAACAGUUUAACUGUAUGACAAGAUCUCCUCUGACUUAUUCUGCUAAAGACACGAAAUAGCCUGACUCAAGCAUGUAAUAUCGGUCUCAAAUCACGUUAAUGCGAGCUGCAUAAAUAAUGCGGGUGUGAGUAACAUAUACUGUAAACGAAGGGAGAAAUCAGGGACUAUAGCGGAGGGCCAGUGGUAAGCCGCUCACCACUACGAGCCUGUCGUCUGUGCCAGACCAAAGGCGGGGAGAGCGGGCCGAGACAGCAACAUGUCGAACCGAAAACAUCGGGACAACCAAGAGAUAUGCGCCCGCAAGGUCCGGGAGUUGGCCCAGGCUGGAGUAAACAAACACUGCUUCGAGUGCAGUCAACCCGGGGUGACUUACAUCGAUAUCACAGUGGGCUGCUUCGUUUGCACGUCGUGCUCUGGAAUGCUGAGAGGACUCAACCCUCCCCACAGAGUCAAGUCUAUCUCCAUGACAACCUUCUCCCAACAGGAAGUAGAGUUUCUGCAAAACCAUGGCAAUGAGGUGGGGAGGAGGACCUGGCUGUGUGUCUUUGAGCCAAAGACAGAUGCAUGCUUCAACACAAGGGACUCACAGAAGCUCAAGGAGUUCCUCCAGGACAAAUACGAGAAGAAGAAAUGGCAUUUUUCGAAGAACAAGAGCCGGAGGGAGGUGGAGGGACCCUGGAGCCCGCCGGGGGUGCAGGCCUUACCCUCCUCUCACGGCCCCCCGCCCGCCCAGGCCCCAUCCCACGCCAUGCCCCCCUCCGCCAGACCCAUACGCACACUGUCCCAGUCCCAGCUCUCGUCCUGGGGGGACAGAGUCCCCACCAUCUCCCCUGCGGACAUGAGGGCUGAUGUGUUUACCGCCCGUGCUCCCUCACGCUCCCAGAGCUUUAGAGACCCGCCAAUGAAAGAGUCUCUACUGAGAGGUAUAGAGAGACAACGUCCAGGCUCUCUGUCUUCAACGAUGGGACCCCAGAGCCACGCCCCCUCCUUUCCUGCCCUCCCUCGACCCUCAGGUCGCACAGUGUCCUCCUCGGGGGGUUUAGCCCCCUUCAGGGCCUUCCCUAAGUCUCUGAGUGUGGAUUUUGGGGGGCUCGGCCAGCAGCAGAGUCAUAGUGCACUCAGCAUCACCCCCCCAGCCCCCGGCCCAAACACACACACAAACCACCAGGACCGCUACGCUGCCCUGUCCCAACUAAACAGUGUCUUCUCUGACACGUCGCCUGGACCUACAGCACCCCCCGGUGGACUACCACAGUAUAGCACCCUAUUUGGGAACCGCCUGUCCUCCAGUUCCACUCCAGCCAGCUCUCCAGGCAUGGAUGCUGUGUCGGGAUCACAAACAUUUGCAAGCUUCCCCAACCCGUUCAGCUCCAGUUCCAACUCUCAGCAGCAACAGCCUGCCCUGUCCCCCAGUAACCCAUUCAACAGGUCCACCUCAGGAGGUGACUCCAGUGGGUUCGUCAGCUCUCCAACCUCAGUGUUCCCUCCGUCCGCCACCUUCCCAACUCCGGCUACCCAGAAUUCAUUUCCACACAAGCAUGCCAACAACCAGGAAGCCAAUGGUUUUGCCUCUUUCCCUGCAUCGGACUCUCAACCCAAAGUUCCUCGUCCAAUGUCAGUGAACCCAUUCACUGGGAAUGUUUACCCGAGUAGAGGAACGUCGCGAAACCCUUUCAUCUGAUACCGGCGCCCCGGCUACCCCCCAACCACAUGAAGACCAGUGAACUUUAGGAGCUGCUGCCAUUUCAAUGCCUCUAGAGUAUUUUCGCCUUCAGAGAGAGGGGAAACAUUCAUGCAGGCUCCUCUCCCCUGUGUGUGUGUGUGUGUGUGUGUGUGUGUGUGUGUGUGUGUGUGUGUGUGUGUGUGUGUGUGUGUGUGUGUGUGUGUGUGUGUGUGUGUGUGUGUGUGUGUGUGUGUGUGUGUGUGUGUGUGUGUGUGUGUGUGUGUGUGUGUGUGUGUGUGUGUGACCAUAUAUUAAAGGUGUUUGUAUGACAAUAGAAUCCACCUCAGGGCUCAGUGGGUGCCAUCAACAAGACACACACACACACACUUCACUGUUUCUCCCAUGUCCCGCUUUUGUGCAACAACAGUCCCAUUCUUAAAACAGUACGCCAAAUCAUCACAUUCGGCUUGCUUUUUUGGAGCCACCUCUGAAAACGCCCUUCAAAAACUAGCCAGUACAGUCAGUCAGUGUGUAUCAAGUUACAGAAGGGAGAGAUAUCCCGCUUCAAGGCUAUGAAAGCUGAACAUGAUGACGAGCAAAGCAUUUUUUUCUCUUUAGUGAUGGCUAUGGCAGCCUUAACAUAACAUCCUCCUAAUGCAUGUAGAUAGGAGGACAUUACAGACAAGCCUGUCUUUCCCCCCCAUGUGCUGUGUGUAUGUAUGUGGAGAACACGUUUGUAUCGUUUCAUGUCCGUUUUUGUCAUGAGUAAAUCAUUUGUGUUUCAGUCUCAGGCUGCAUGUGCUUGGAGGGCUUCAAAGAAGAGAUACUAUUGAAUGUAAAAAGCUAUUUUCAAAACAAAACUGUUUUAUUUCUCCCUGUAAUGGACCAAAUAUUUGUUGUUUUGGGUGAAAAUAUGGAGAUGAAAUUGAUCUCUUGCAAACAAAAGAAAGAGUUCUAUUGAGAAAGUGUUUGUAAUGAUGUGUCCAUGUUCAUAAAUUCAAAUAUUUGUUGCGUCUUUAAA